UACAUCCUCGAGGGAGCGGUCGAAGAGUGCUCUCAAGACGAGAUCGCAGCCGUGUUCGAUACCAACGUCUUCGGCCAGCUGAGGAUGCUGCGGGCGGUGUUGCCGUACAUGCGGAAGGCGAAGAGCGGGGUGGUCGCCAAUAUGGGCAGUAUCGCCGGCUGGGGAGGGACGGUGAAUGGGUCGCUGUACUGUGCAAGCAAGUGUGCCCUGCUCGCCAUCACGGAGGGAAUGAAAUCGGAAGUAGCGCACUUGGGCAUCGACGUAACGCUCAUCGAGCCCGGUUACUUCAGGACCAACUUCCUCAGCGGUGGACAUAAGGUUUCGCCGAAGAAGCACAUCGCGGACCUGGAUCUAGCGACGAAGCCGAUUAGGGAUGUGCUGGCGGGCUUGGAUCACAAGCAGCCCGGUGAUCCGAUCAAGGGCGCGAAGCUGAUCGUCGAAGCUUUGACGAAGAGUGGGAGGUGUGAGGGACGAAAGAUACUGCCGAGGCGCCUAUUGCUGGGCAGUGAUGCGAUUGCGUACACCAUGGGCAAGAUGGAGGCGUGGCAGCAGGAUAUUGAGGAGUGGAAGGAGCUGUCUCUCACCACCGACCACGAUGAUGUUGCGAAGUAGGAA